GCUGACACGUGCUGUGUGCCUGAUUGAGGAGCCCUCUGUAAUGACCUCCGGGGUUAGGGCUAGGGUCUGUGUCACCUGUCAUUUUCCAUCCUGUGGCAAGUAGGGACGUGGGCAGAGAGCACAGGCUGCCCUGUCUGCCCCCCUAGCCUUUCUGGUUUCUCACUCAUACCCUGGACUCCUUGGUGCAUGGCUGUAGUGCCCAGCCUUCUCAGCGGCAGCACUGAGAACUCAGAAAACCGACCCAAGUCGGCUCCAUGCGCCUUCGUCCACAACCAGGCUCCCUAGGCAUGGAGCCCUUCUUCCGGAAGAGGCUUACUUUCUUGUCCUUUUUCUGGGAUAAGAUCUGGCCAGCGGGUGACUCGGAGGAAGACAUCCCCCGGUUCCAGGGACUCGACGACAACUCAGUGCUGGAGCAGCCCGCUGCCUUUGAACCUUGCAGCUUUCCCGCCCCACGUGCCCGACUCUUUCGUGCGCUCUACGACUUCACUGCUCGGUGUGCAGAGGAACUGAGUGUCAGUCGCGGGGACAGGCUCUACGCCCUCAAGGAGGAGGGUGACUACAUCUUUGCACAAAGGCUUUCUGGGCCACCCAGUACGGGACUGGUUCCAGUCACCUAUCUUGCCAAGGCCACCCCUGAGACACCCUCAGACCAACCCUGGUACUUCAGUGGGAUCAGCAGGACUCAGGCCCAGCAGUUGCUCUUGUCUCCUGCCAACGCCCCAGGGGCCUUCCUCAUCCGGCCCAGCGAAAGCAGCAUCGGGGGAUAUUCUCUGUCAGUCCGGGCCCAGACCAAAGUCUGCCACUACCGCAUCUGCAUGGCACCCAGUGGCAGCCUCUACCUGCAGGAAGGCCGGCUCUUCCCCAGCCUGGAUGCAUUACUGGAUUACUACAAGACAAACUGGAAGCUGAUCCAGAACCCUCUGUUACAGCCCUGCAUACCCCAGAUACCCCUGGCUCAGGACGAAUGGGAACGGCCACGCUCAGAGUUUGUCCUUCGGAGAAAGCUGGGUGAAGGCUUCUUCGGGGAGGUGUGGGAAGGCCUGUGGCUGGGCUCUAUGCCUGUGGCGGUGAAAGUUAUCAAAUCAGCUGACAUGAAACUGGCAGACCUCACCAAGGAGAUUGAGGCACUGAAGAGCUUGAGGCAUGAGCGGCUGAUCCGGCUGCAUGCCAUAUGCUCCGUCGGUGAACCUGUGUACAUCGUUACCGAACUCAUGGGCAAGGGCAACUUGCAGGUCUACCUGGGCAGCCCUGAGGGAAAGGCUCUGAGCCUACCUCAUCUACUGGGGUUUGCCUGCCAGGUAGCUGAGGGCAUGAGCUACCUGGAAGAACGUCGUGUUGUUCACCGGGACUUGGCUGCCAGGAACGUGCUGGUGGGUGAUGACCUCACCUGCAAGGUGGCUGAUUUCGGCCUGGCCAGGCUGCUCAAGGAUGAUGUCUACUCCCCAAGCAGUGGCUCCAAGAUCCCUGUGAAGUGGACGGCACCUGAGGCCGCUAAUUACCGCAUCUUCUCCCAAAAAUCAGAUGUCUGGUCCUUUGGCAUCCUCCUGUAUGAAGUCUUCACUUAUGGCCAGUGUCCUUAUGAAGGAAUGACCAACCAUGAGACACUACAGCAGAUCAGUCGUGGGUACCGGCUGCCACGCCCAGCUGCCUGCCCAGCAGAGGUCUACAUGCUUAUGGUGGAGUGCUGGAAGGGCAGCCCCGAAGAGCGCCCCACCUUCGCCACACUGAGGGAGAAGAUGAGUGCCAUACACAGACGGCUCCAUCCGAGCCUCACGUGACCCAAGUCUCUAGCCCCACAUGCAGCAGUUAUGGCA